AUGUCGUAUCUACAGGGCGAGUUCACCAAAGAAAGUGCCGACGACUACGAAUCGAAGGAUAACAGCUUGUCACAGACUUCUUCAAGAGCUCCAAUUAUUACCACUGCUACUAUUUCAAGUACAGCUAGCCAUCAACAUCAGCAAGAGCAGGAGAUGUUGUCUGGUUUUACUAUUCCGAAACCACCCGUGUCUACCCAACAGUCAAGCGCUGCUGCUGAGAAGGACAACGGAAAUGGAGCGCCAUCAGGUCAAAGCGAUGCUCCAAGAACCUUGUGGAUGGGUGAUUUAGAUCCAUGGCUUGAUGAAAACGGUAUCGCCGACUUGUGGUGGCAGGUCUUAAAGAAAAAGGUCACUGUUAAAAUAUUCAAGCCGAAAAGCUUGAAACCUGAUAUGAACUAUCAAGGCUUAAGUCACUCUGGUUACUGCUUUGUUGAGUUUGAGAGUUUUGAAGAUGCACAGCAGGCUCUAGCUUUAAAUGGCCAAUUGUUGCCAGAUAUCGCUAUGCCUUCGCAGCAACAAUUUCCAAAUAAUCCUGAUAAUCAAAAGAAGUAUUUUAGGCUUAACUGGGCUAGUGGAGCCACUUUAAGUGCUCCUAUUGUUCAGACCCCCGAGUAUUCCUUAUUCGUAGGAGAUUUAUCGGCCUCGACUACUGAGGCUCAUUUGUUGGCAUUCUUUCAAGAGAACUUUCCAACAUCAAUAAAGACAGUACGAGUGAUGACAGAUCCUGUAUCAGGAAAAUCAAGAUGUUUCGGAUUUGUGCGUUUCACGGACGAACUGGAGAGACAAAGGGCGUUAGUAGAAAUGAAUGGUGCAUGGUUUGGUGGACGACCAUUAAGAGUAGCGCUAGCUACUCCUAGAAACAACAAACCAAGAUAUUCAAACCAAGGAAAUGUUAAUUACUAUACACCUGAUCAGGGACAGCAUCCAGAUCUUCUAUAUCUCCCUCAUCCACCUCCAGGAAUGGGCUCUCCGUACGGUUUUUAUGGUAGCCCUCAGAUGCCUCUACCAAUGGGCAUACCCUCGAAUGAUUUGCAAGGUUCUGAAAAAAACAUUGAUUCACCAAUGAAGCUUAAUAUGGGAAUGCACCCUCUUCAAGGGCAGGCAUACGUAGACCCAAAUAAUACGACUGUAUUUGUCGGUGGCUUAUCGUCUGAAGUGACUGAGCAAACUUUGUUCACUCUCUUCAAGCCAUUUGGUAUUAUCCAACAAAUCAAAAUUCCGCCUGGAAAAAACUGCGGCUUCAUUAAGUAUUCCAAUCGAGAAGAAGCAGAGGAAGCUAUUGCUGCGAUGCAAGGUUUUAUUAUAGGGGGCAACAGAGUCAGAUUAAGCUGGGGAAGAGUAUCAGUUAAUAACAGAAAAUAUCAACAGCAACAGCAGGCUGCACAGGCUGCACAGCUUCAAGCUGCUGCUGCUGUGCUUUCAAUGGGAUUAGAUCCAGCUCUCGCUGCUGCUGGUGCAUAUCCUCCUUUGCCAGGUCAGCUUGGAGGUAUGCAUCACAUGGGCCUUCCACCAUCUUAUCCCCCUACAGGUGUUCCUUCUAAUGACGAUAAAGAUCCUGAGAGCGUAUCAAGCGAGGGUCUUAAAUUCAAUGAGGACAUGAAUCCCAUGGCUCCUCAGUUUUACAUGCCUAUACACCCGCAAGAAUAUGGACUCUCAUCGCCAGAUGACUUGUCCAAUGCGAUAGGUAAUAUGAGCAUCAACGAUGUGUCUAGAGGUAAUGGGGAACUUUUACCUCGUGCUCCACCCGACAACUAUGUAAAUCCAGGUCUCUUUGUUCCCCCGAUGUUCAACGGUCAUUUCCCACAAGAUAUGAGAUUCCAGCAGUUUAUUCCACAGCAAGAAAUGCUGCCAGGUGAACCUAUAAGAGAAGAAGGUGCAAAGAAUUAUACAAGUGAAGGCGAAGAAAAAGACAGCGAGGAGAGGAGUGAUAAAAGGUGA